AUGGUGAACCCCCAGCCGCACGCCGUUUUGGCCUCCGACCACUUCCGCGCCAGGUCGGCCCUGACCUCCAGUCAACUGGCCCGUCAAUUGCGUUCCUGCAAAGUCUGCCGCUUCCGCAAGGUCAAGUGUGAUCGCGUCCAACCCUGCCAUGCAUGCUGCGCCCAUGGGUACCCCUCCAAGUGCGCCUAUGAUACCGACCCCGACGAUAAUCUUCAGCCCAUCAGUCAGACGGACGAGAUCCGGAACCUCCGGCACGAGAUCCGUGAGCUAACGGCGACGCUUAAUAGCCGACAACGCCGCGCCCGAAAGCCACGCCGUCUAGCGCAGCUGCAGGCCCUGUUUGAUGCCAUCCGCUCCGCUCCGCUCGACGUGACCAACCGUAUUGUCGCCGACGUCCGAAGGACCCGCGGCAGAACACAUGGGGAGGCGUUUCCGCUGGAACCGGAAAAUGGAUCCGAAGGUGCUGUGACGACUCGCCCACGCGGCUCACACGACCCCGAUGGCAGGAUAGACGAGGACGAGGCCGACUAUCGGUCGGGUCGCCAUGCGUCCAGUCGGAGUUCGUCCGAAGACAGCGAGGACUCGAGCUAUGGAGCGGUUUGUCAUUUGGGAUCGUCGAAGCCGAUGCUGGACGUGUUCAUCGAGCGCUUCGUGGAUGCCUUCAGCCCCCAGGUCAGCACCAAGGCAGGUCAAGCCGGUGCGGUGCGGCGGGCCGCGGGAAUUCGCAUGUUCUCGCCCAUCCUCAUGGACGCGUUUGAAUCCGUCUCGACGGCGUAUUUUGGUCGGAUCAUCCAGGACAAGGACCUCGAGGCAUCGGGGUUCCGCCUCUAUCCCCGCGUGCUGCGGAGUCUGCAGCAGGCCUUGCAAGAUCCGGAGCGCAGCAAGGCCGAGUCGACGUUAGUGACCGUUAUGCUGCUGAUGGCAUUUGAGAGUGUCGAAAGAACGACUCAAGGGUCGCUGCUUGCCCAUGUCCAUGGUGCCAUGCGUUUGAUUGAGCAUCGCGGCCCGGAGAAUCAUGUCCAUGGUGUCGAACACCUGCUGUACACCGAACUCCGACCGUUCUGGGUCUCCGCUUCGUUCAUCACCCGUAGACCCUGCUUUCUCGCCGCCGAGGAAUGGAUCAACCUCCCGUGGUCAGCGAACACAAGCAAGAGAGACAUCCUUCACUAUCUCCUGGAUCUGGCAGUCGAGGUCCCAGCUUUACUCGGGCAAUUCGACGACGUUCAAGCAACCCUCGGCUCGAACUUGUCCAGCGUUCACGAGAUUACCGUAAAGCAGGUUGCACUGUGGGACGGGGUCGCCGACCUUACCGAGCGCUUCCGCCGGUGGAAAGUCCAGUGGGUGGACAGCUACCCCGACGGGCCACCGCAGGAAGUAGAAGUCGUUCCCAGUGACCAGUUUCCACUGUUCCAGUGUCGAGACUUCCGUACCGGCGGGGUGAUGACCCCGACCACGUUCGUCUAUCCGGACCUGCGUCUUGCGCAAACGAUGUGCCUCUAUUACUCCAUCCGACUGGUGCUGUCGUCCGUGGACACCCGGCCAGAGGGUCGCGUGGGGCCCCUGGACCAGUACGCCAUGGGAUGCGGGAUCUGCCGGUCCCUCGAGUGGUACAUCCAAAACGCGGCCGGGAAUAUGAUCAACCGGCUGGUGUUUCCCGUACGGGUUGCCUGGGAGAUCUUCCCGGACGCUGGACCGGAACGCCGGUACUUGCAGGAGGUGCUAAAGCUGGUGGAAAAACGACAUUCCCUUGCUCUCUGGGGCGGAGGCAUGUCCGAGCUUUCUCCUCGGGCCGGAUCCCCGCAAGAGGAGUCCCCGGAUAUGGUGCAGGUGCAGGCACAGGAGGGGUGA